GGUGAACAAAAACCCACUGAACACUCGAAUAACAAAACCAACCCGAGGAGAAGACGCCUCGAUCCUGCGCAUUCUUUUCUAAAUUUCUGAAGAUGGAAUGCGAAAAAAAUGAAAAAGAAUGUCUUAAUUGGUUAGUCCCGCCCUCAGCUAACUCAUAGCCGCCAGUGGUGUUUUUAUAAGUCUUCGAAAUUUUACAGUGCACGAAGCCUUCUGUGUUCGAAAUUUAUUGAAGUGUCCUACUUGCAACAGCGUAGUGCCGAAGGUCAGUUUUGAAGAGCACUCGAUACAAGAACACGCGCUUACGCGAUGUGAAGUUUGCAAAAUGCGAGUUCCCAAGUUCAAAAUGGCCAACCAUCAGGGCACUUGUCCUGCUCGACCCAUUGCUUGUCAUUACUGUGAGCUGGAGUUUCCUGCCAACAGCUAUGAAGAGCAUGUCGAUCGAUGUAGUUCUCGAACCGAACUCUGUUCCGGCUGCGGAAAGUUCGUAAUGCUGCGGGAUCUACAAACUCAUGCCUGUGUAUUGUCGUAUCCCUUCGAGAAUGGGACCAAAAAGCCCGAACCUACGGGAGACCCCGAUUUCACUAGUGACCUGGAACUCGCCACCCGUCUUCAAUACAUGGAACUGAAUCAGGCCGUCUCGAAGUUGGCUGAAACUGAACAGGCUUCAGUGAACCAAGAACUGCCUCGCAAAUCCUACACUAAUUGCUUCACUGAACUCCAUGAACCACACUUUGUUCCGUGUGAAUUUUGUUCCCAACUUUGUACGGUGGAUGGCUUUAUGACACAUCAGUUCUCUUGCCCAGAAAAUCCAUCCUCUGGCCUCACGAACUUUCACACCGAGGCAACUGCAAGUCCACCCGUGUCAGUCACUGAGAACCUCAGCAAAGUCUCGCCCAAUUACAAAGAGCUGUCCGGAAAGAACCCGAAAGUUCCUGUGACUAAGCCCUCUGGUGCUCUGCAGGAUCCAGCGCCUUCUACGAACCUGAUUAUAUCGAAGGGGUCGAGUUCCGUAAACAAAGUUACACAUUCGCGUCCCAUUCCUCAGACUUUGAAUGGCCCUAGUCGACCGAAAUACGAAUUGCCACCGUUACGAGAUCCUCUUAUUCGUCAGCGUCGGACAUCAAUAAACACCUUAGGCACUCCGAGAGCGACCACCUCGAACGUGCAUUCCACAAUCCCAAGCCAUAGGAGUUCGAAUCCCAGACCCGGUGUGACUUCACAACGUCGAAUUAGUUCAGUCGCCACGGUUACAGUCAGACCACAAAAUUGCAGACGCUCAAAUGCACCUGCUCCAAGUAGUUUGACUACUCCAGGACCACGAUUUCCAGGAAUUGGACGCCGGUUGGGUGGUCUUUAAUCCAGCGCCUGUAACGCAUUCCGAUUCAUCCUUUUCGGUCGAUGUGUCCGCCAGGACCACAUUUACAUUGGGCUUGUUAUUCAUUCCUAUUAUCUCAUGUUCAUUCAGAUUUUUGCAUACUUCGCAGUGUUUUCCGUCCUUAUUUCACACUCGAACCAAUUUUCGUAAACCCGGGACGGGCAUUUGUGGUCUAUUCUUCUGAUAUAUGAUCGGCAAUUUUGUGACCUCGGGUACAUUUAGGAUCAAAAUAUACA